AUUAACCAGCAGAUCAUUGCUCAGAGUCUUUUAACAAACCACGUUCAGCUGUGUUUAGGGAGGGGCACAGACUAUAAAGCUGAUGGACUGGUUGGGGGCUUUUAUACAGCAUUAUCUGGAAAAAAAAUCCUCAUCUACACAAGCCAAAGACUUUUAGAAAUAGUCUGCUGGGAGUUCAGAGAUCUAGGAGUUGAUUUUCUGACCUCUGUGAUAAUGGAUACACCAGGUAUUUGAUCCUAAAAUAAUGUGCAUUUUAUACUGUCAUGCUAUCAUGUAUAGCUUGGAGGAAAGACGAGACAGGGGGGAUAUGAUAGAAACAUUUAAAUAUAUAAAGGGAAUCAACACAGUAAAGGCGGAGACUAUAUUUAAAAGAAGAAAAACUACCACAACAAGAGGACAUAGUCUUAAAUUAGAGGGACAAAGGUUUAAAAAUAAUAUCAGGAAGUAUUACUUUACUGAGAGGGUAGUGGAUGCAUGGAAUAGCCUUCCAGCUGAAGUGGUAGAGGUUAACACAGUAAAGGAGUUUAAGCAUGCGUGGGAUAGGCAUAAGGCUAUCCUAACUAUAAGAUAAGACUAGGGACUAAUGAAAGUAUUUAGAAAAUUGGGCAGACUAGAUGGGCCGAAUGGUUCUUAUCUGCCGUCACAUUCUAUGUUUCUAUCUUAGUUUUUACUAUAGGUUUUUUUUUUUUUUUUAACUUUUUACAUUCCAUCAAUGCAUUUCUUGCUGGAUAAGGAGAAACCUACUUCAAAAUGGGUUUGUCCACCAUGUAUCUCUGUUUCUCACUAGACAUUCAACGCUGAGGAAUUGAGACUGGGGAAAGUAGGUGAGCUCUCCCACAGAAGGUGCCUCUGAUCUCCUCCACUGUGCUAGUUUAGGAGUACAGGAAUAGAUGUAUGUUACUUCAGAUGGUGACAGUGUCAGAAAUGUGUCCAGUUUGGGGGAAGUGUCCCCAAAUGUAGCACAUCAACAAAGAUCUGAGGUGUGCAGACUAGAGAUGGGUGUAAUAUCAACAUUUUGUAAGGAGGUUGUGGCUUAUGCUCCUGAUGUUGAAGGUGAAACUGUUGCAGAGGGAAAAUAACUGACCUGCUUCAGUGGACUGGUCAACUUGUUUUGGUCUUGAAUGGCUCUAUAUUAUCCGAGCUGAAAUCGGAAAUAAAGGGUGCUAUGUCAUCAUAGUGCAGUCAUGCAAUGUCUGAAAUUAAAACGAUGGAAGUUACUUCAUCCAGCUUACAAUGUAACCUAGCUUAAUGCAUUAGUCUUUCACUGUCAACUGCCGCACUAAUGGGACGUUAAAGCUAUAUAAAUGUCUGUAUUUCUGUGCAUUCAGGGGUGACAAACAUGAUGGUUGUCACAGGCCUGGACUGCUCUGGCAGUCCCGGGCCCCACUUUCCCUCUCUGCACAUAGCGCAUAUCGCUAUCUGUGUGCAGCCACGGGCUCCCUGUUACCGCAGAGGGGGCCCAGCACACUGCCUGUUCUCUCUUCUAAUACUCUCGCAAGACCCGUGGCCUGUGCCAUGCGGAGCGUUGCCAUGGCAACGCUCAGAAGGCCAUGGGUCUUGUGAGUUAUUAGAGAGAACAGGCAGUGUGCUGGGGCCCCCAUGCCACUGGACCACCAGGAAGGGAAUCUUCGACCCCCUUCCCCUCCCUGGACACACGUAAGCAUGGAGGGUGAAUAAGUCAUUCCUCCCCAGAUUAUGCUGCACUAACACCGCACACUGCAUCUGCUACACAUUUGCACUAACACCGCACACUGCCACAUUUCAUCCACUAAACACUGCAUCUGCUACACAAACACUACAUCAUUACACACAUUCUAAUUCCCUUCCAAUAUACUGACCACAUUCAGUCCUGCAUAACUGAGUGGACUAGGUAGGGCGUGGGCGGGACCGGGGAAGGGGGGAGACCCCAGACCUUGUGCUUUGUCAAGGGGCCCCAAAAUUUCUGAUGGCGGCUGUGUGCAUGUGAAUGGUGACAUGGAAGUAUGUAGUUCUUAAUUGGUAUUCUUUGUGUACAAGUAAAAUAAAGUUUCUCUGCUAUACCAUUCUAAAUCAAAGGAUGCACUUUUGCCCUCACUUUUACAUGUGCAGGUGGAAGGUAACAUUCUGAAGUCUGUAAGACGCCUAGAAACUUGCUGACUUUAUUGUGAGAAGUCCUGCUGUUGCUCUGUACUGGAUCUUAACCUCAACCAGUUCUUCUUCAUAAUGUAAAAUGUUUCAUCUAAUUUCAGAUACCAUCCUGUUUGCCAUCAGCAGUGACUAUGUAGCUAGAGCUGGCCUACCGCCCAAGGAUCGUAUGGAUAGCUACUACGACAGAUCUACUGCUGUAGGGAAGCUAAAUGAUGUAAACAAGAUUGUGUUUAGCCCUGAAGGGCAACUCUUUGCUGUCCGUGGCAGGGAUCUUUACACUGGGCCCAUGCCUCUGUCUGCAAACCUUGAUUGGUUCUCUACUGCCAAGAGAGUGGGAAAAGCUGAGUGGGUUCAAUUUAAAUUUCUAUUCUUUGACCCAAAUGGGCUUCUGUAUGCAGCUACAAAAGAUGGGGAGCUCUACAAGGGUCCAGCACCAAGCAAUGAAAAUGUGUCCUGGCGUUAUGGCCAAGCAACCAAGAUAGGAAACUCUGGUUGGAAUAAACAUGAUGCGCUUUUCUUUGACCAAAAAGGCAAUCUGUAUGCUGUGACCGAUGAAGACAAGCUUGUGGUGGGAAGCCCUCCAUCCACAACAAACGAUAAAUGGCUUGACUCCUGCACCACUAUUGGAAAUGGUGGCUGGCGAAUUCUCACCCACUUCAUGAAGAUCAGCCUUGAUGACCUACUGUGGUGUGUGGAUUCACGCAAUGGCAACAUCUAUAAAGGGAAAAUCCCAACUAAAGAUGAUACCAACUAUUUGGAUAAGGCUGAGAAUCUAGGUUGGAGCUAUAAUCUGUACCGCUUUCUAUCCCUCACCACUGAUAAAACCAUCCAGAGUGUUGUAAGCUUUGAAUUCCUACCUGCAUCAGGUAAAAUACUCUCUCAGCAGCCAGAGGUGGUCCAGUCUCAAAUCUACAAGAAUACAAGCAGCGUUCCCUUAAAGUACUCCUUCUCGUAAGUAUAUACUGAAUGAAUAGUCUGACUUUCUCUCUUACAGAAGGGAUUAAUGUGACGUUAUUCUAUCUUGGGCUAAAAUAGGCAAAGAUUCUCAAAUGCAGCAUAGUCUAGUUUCAAAUCUCCUGUUCAUUCUGCAAUUUAAUGAAUACUCAUUGCAUGCAUGGCACCAUAACACUCUGACAGCUUUUAAUAUCCUCUAUUGCUCUACAUCUGGAUGCUGUUUGCAAUGUCACUCCAAACUUGUUACUGGAUUUGAGGGUAUACUCAACUCAGUGUAAGCUGUAUACUCUACAAGCUCAGUGGUGUAUCUUGUAAAAAAAUUUCUAGUCCAUAACCACCUUUCUGCAACUUUCUUCUUAGAUUCACCAAAACCAUGACUGAGACUAGCAGCUUUACCCAGGAACAUGGCUUUACAGUAGAAGUUGGAGCAGAGGUCUGUUUCACAGCUGGAAUCCCCUUUAUAGGUGACAUGGAGACAAGCAUUUCCAUCAACACAAGUACCACUCACACAUGGAGCUUCUCAAAGACCAAUGAAACCCAGGUAUGUGUCUGUCAUGCUAGCUUGGUUUUGGGAUCUGUCUGCAUACUGGCCACUGAGUAUCCUUUUAUGGCAAAUUUUGCAAGCUGAUGUGCAUUUGAACUUUUGGCCCUCCAGAUGUUUUGUACUAAAUCUCCCAUGAUGCUGGCAAAGCAUAAAGUGAGAUGUAGUCCACAACAUCUGGAGGCCUGAAGGUUUCCCACCCCUGCUCUAAAUCUGUUCCUGUUUGUCCAACUACAUCUUCCACCUAUACACUGCUUCAGAAUGUCUGCUUUAUCUUUAAAAAAAAAUUAAAUUUUUUUGACGGUAUAAGCCCAUCUCUCUAUCAAAUGUCUUGCUCAACAUUACCAGUGACCCUACCUUUUAGUUCUGACUCACACUCUAGCAAUCAACAGAACUAGUGUUUAUGAAUGGAAGCUUUCUUUUUAAGCACCUGCUAUUCAACCCUCCAUUCUAAUGAAUGUUUCUCUCUACAGACUAGCUUCUCAGCCAGCACGGAUGUAGAGGUGCCGGGUGGAAAGUCUAUACGUAUGAUGGCUUCUGUCACAAAAGCACAAAUGGAUGUGCCAUACACUGCCAAGAUCUGCACCCUGUUUGGCUAUGAAACCACCAUCCAGGGAACAUGGAAAGGGGUCACUCACUACAACCUGAUGGUCACUCAGGAAGACUACAGUGGCUGAGGUGGAUCACAUGUAUACAGUCUCCAAAUGUAGGCUGGAAUGUGAUUAAAUGAGGGCAUCUAAUCCACAAUAAUGUGUGCUUAAUUGUUAGUGCAUUCUGGUGUACAGUUGCUAAAUAAACUAAAUGACAUCUGAUCUAUUCUGUGAGCUAAUGUUGUGGACAUGGUUUAAUCAAUUCCUUCUACUGUUGGAAAGUAGAACCACAUGUGAUGCAUUAAUACAAUACACCUGCCAUCAGUAAGUAACUGGGACAAUAGUGUUAAUUUCUAG